AAGUACAUUUAUCUACGUACACUUAUGCAUUUGUUACAUUCACAAAUCGUUUUGGGUCUGUAAAUAAAACCUCCAAUUUUUACCGUCCCGACCACCACCACCACCACCACCACCGCAACACUACUCUAUUAUCAAUGUUUCACCAGCCAUCUACCUUUCCCUCAUGUCCUCCCUUUCCUGACCCUCAUUCACUCACUCUCUCCCUUCCCUCUCAACCACCCAGUCUUGCCCGUCCCCCUCCCUUACCUCUUCCCUUCCCUCUCACUCACCCAGUCCUUUCCUUCGUCCCUCACUCACCUCUCCCUUUCCUGCCCCUCUCACCUACCCGCUCCCCUCCCUUCGGUCGCAAUCAAUUCUUCGCCUUUGCAAGCAUAUAUAAGCAGUUUGCAUGGCGGGAAGGACAGAACACUCCAAGCACCAGCAUCACCACAGCACCACAGCAUCUCUCCACGACUCAGACACAACGUAACAUCAUGAAGACUGUUCUCCUUCUCUGUCUGGCCGCCCUUGCCACCUCUGCCCCUCAGUCGCCACAGCUCCAAGGGUUCCAGGAGGUAGAGAGGCCUACCGCCAUUCUGGAGGAGCACCACGAAGUCAGAGGCGACGGCAACUUCAAUUACGGUUACCAGUCUGAGAAUGGCAUCGUGGUGGAGGUGUCUGGCGAGCCGGGGGAGCAGGGCCAGAACCGCGUCAAGGGAAUGUACAGGUUCCCUCUCCCCAACGGCACCAUAGCUGAGGUGACCUACACUGCUGACGAGGGAGGUUUCAAGGCCAACUCCCCGCUGCUGCCGCCGGUGCCCCAACACGCCAAGGAGCAGAUCAUCAUCGCCAAGCAGCAGGAGGCGCAGGGCAUCGUGUUCGAAUAAGCAGCCCUUCCUCAGAUGGACUCCUUACUCCUCCGAUAACGAAUAAUAAAUUUUGAACAUUUUAUUGU